ACAGCAGUCUGUCUGUCAGACGCAUCCGCGCGAGGUGCACAAGAAUCAAUAUUAGUACAUCAAGACUUAUAGAAAAUAACAGAGAGGAAAAACAUUGCUCCUGAUGUUCUAGUUAUUAACACUGACCACAACGGAAUGACAGCGGGGGUUUGCGCAUCAUUUGUUCCCUAAAAGAUUUCUAAAUCAACACUGUUCUCGUGGAAACUGGUCCCUCCAUCUCUGGAAUAAUGAGCUCCUCGCCCCACAUGUCCCGUUCCUCCAUUGACGUCCUGGAAGAGCUGCAGCUCAUCACUGCUGAGAACCUGGAGAAGCUGGACUUUAAUAAAUACUAUGAGGUCAUUAGGGAGCUUGGCAAGGGCACCUAUGGCAAGGUGGACCUGGUCAUCCACAAGAACAGAGGCACGAAAAUGGCCUUGAAAUUCUUGCGGAAGAAAACCACUAAACUGAAGAGUUUCCUACGCGAGUACAGCAUCUCUCUCUACCUGUCACCCUGUCCUUUCAUCAUCAACAUGUAUGGCAUUGCCUUCGAAACUGACGAAUACUACAUCUUCGCUCAAGAGUAUGCACUGGCAGGCGAUCUCUUUGACAUCAUUCCUCCCCAGGUUGGACUGCCGGAGAACGUUGCCAAGCGGUGUGUGCACCAGGUGGCGAUAGCACUGGAUUACCUGCACUGCAAGAAGCUGGUGCAUCGUGACAUAAAGCCGGAGAACGUCCUCAUCUUUGACAAGGAGUGCCGGAAGGUGAAACUGUCAGACUUUGGCAUGACGCGGUGCGCUGGCUCUCCAGUGAAGCGGGUGAGUGGAACCAUCCCGUACACGGCUCCAGAACUGUGCGACCCCAGCCGGCAAGAGGGCCUGUGUGUAGACUACAGCACUGAUGUGUGGGCUUUCGGUGUACUUCUGUUCUGCAUGCUCACUGGGAAUUUCCCCUGGGAAAAAGCACUCCCGACUGACGCCUUCUACGAGGAGUUUGUGCGCUGGCAGCAUCGGCGGAGGCGAGCCAGCGCGGUGCCUUCACAGUGGCGCCGUUUCACUGACGAGGCGCUCCGCAUGUUCCGCUGCCUGCUGGCCAUCGAGCAGGACCACCGAUGCUCUGUCAAAGAGGUCUUCAGCUACUUCAACCACUGCUGGAUGCUCGACACUGAGAACGGCAACACCACCCAUGUCUCGGGCGGUAACGGCAACAACGGCACAGUGAUGAAUGGCCGUCAGGCUGAGCUUAGCUCUUCUUCCUCUGAAGAAGAUGAGUUGGUGGACCGUUUGAAGCAGCAGAGCUUGUCGCCUGUAUGUGGAGUAGCUAAAGGAGGCAUCGUCAUGGAGCCAGUGACGGCGCACUACUCCUCUACAUCCUCGAACAGCCCUGCUUCCUCCACUGGUGGCUAUGAGCGCAUCUCCCGUGAUAACAACGGCAACAAUGGUCGAAUCCUAGUCACGACACCGAUUGAAAUAUGCGUGUAGACAGGUCACUGGCAUUGACCAACCUUGCACAUAUAUUUGGGAUGACUAGAUGACAAUAAGGACUCAAGUCCUUGUGAAGCAAACGCGUCAGAAACGUUGGUAGCUGACGUACAAAUGCUCAGCAUCCCAAGAAGAGCAGACAGCUUGAAACUCUUCCUGAUGAUGAGUAUCUCCGAGGGAAUCUGUAAGACAAUCACCAGAGUCUGCAGAUUGUGUCUCAACCACGUUUUCCACGUAUAAUUAGACCAAAACGAAAGCAACUUUAGAAGAAUAGAAAAAAACUCUGCGAAAAUAUGAAGCAAUAUGUUGAUUUUGUUUUGUGCAUAAGUGAUUAAGUCAAAAAAGAUUUAAAAAAAAAACUGAUUUGGAACAUGAGGGAAAAAACAGCAAAAAACAUUUCAUGUGGAGACUUACGUGGUUUCAGAAGAACAGUAGGAACUGUGUUGGUAUUGUUUUGCGCUUGUGCAACCCUGUGGUCAGUGGAUAUGACUUUGGAAGCUUUAUAAGUGUGUUGUGUGUUGUAUUAUUCAUUUUGGUCUUGACCUUUUUGUUAUUCAUUUAAUGUUGUAGCAUUACAAUGUUAAAUUAUAAUUGGCUGAGAAUCUGCACUGUCAAAUCUCAGUUUGCUCACUAUUAAACCGAAACUGGCAAGAAAACAUCACUUGAUUUCAGAAGACUGUUAGGGAGGUUUGAAUGGUAGAUUGAAAAACUCUUUUUUUCUUAAGUAACAUAUAGAUGCAAUCCAUAUACAGCCCUUCUUGCAUUCAGAAACAGUUCUUUACAGGGCUGUGGGUGUACCACAAAAUGCAAGAGUGAUUUAGACAUGAUGGCUACCAGAAACACACUUCAAAAAUCAUUCAGCCACUGUGUGUUCAUAUAUUAAUACAGUAAAGAACGAUACCACAUUA